GUCUCCGCACCAAAACCCCUCUUCACCUACACUCUUUACGGCUGCUUUAGUGAGCACACCCGCAUCGAGUAAUCUCCCGCAAGUUUCUGACACCAACCUUUUUUCAACUUAGAAAACAACCCAAAACAAGCAAGAUGGUCCGAGUUUCCGUUCUUAACGACUGCCUCAACAACAUCGUCAACGCCGAGCGACGAGGAAAGCGACAGGUCCUUAUCCACCCCUCCUCCAAGGUUGUGGUCAAGGUCCUCUCCGUCAUGCAGAAGCACGGUUACAUCGGCGAGUUCGAGGUCAUUGACGACCACCGAGGUGGCAAGAUUGUCAUCCAGCUCAACGGUCGACUCAACAAGUGUGGUGUCAUCUCCCCCCGCUUCAACGUCUCUGUCGACUCUAUCGAGAACUGGGUCUCUCAGCUCCUCCCCGCCCGAUCUUUCGGUAAGAUCAUCCUUACUACCUCUGCUGGUAUCAUGGACCACACCGAGGCCCGUAACAAGCACGUAAGUUGGAUUUACUUGGAGUUUGCAAUCAUGUACUGACUUGGGCUAUAGGUUGGUGGCAAGAUCCUUGCUUACGUCUACUAAGGGUUUCUUUUUGCAUCAUUGACUUUAUGCAUUGAGAAUCUUUGUUGAAAA